AUGCAGAAAAGAGUUAACUGCUUUGGAAAAGCUGAAAAAAUAGCCCCUCCUGAGGCCUCUACUCCUGUAUGCAAUGUUCCCAAGUCUAUCCGCUCCUCAAAAAACUGUAGUUCCUCUGCUAAGGAACCUUCAACAGAGCAAUGUCUGAAUAGUUCAGUACCUGAGCCAUGCAGCUCUGUACCACAGCCAAUUCCUAGCAACAAUGAAUUAACUGAUAUGUUUGAUGGUAUAUCAACAAAACUCCAGUCUUCUUUACCUGUUUCAACAAACCAGUCUACUGUCCCUGAAGUUCAUGAUAACUCCUUGGUAGAAGAAGGAACCUGUAUUGUCAACGUUGCUCCAUCUAUUUCUUCUAAACACAGUAGUGGCCAACAAAUUGUUGUUAACACCCAGCUCGUGAACACAGGUAGGCAACGAAGGACCAAAAAAACCAGUUUUUCUUGCUUGAAGCAUAUUCCAACCGAAUCAUUGGUCCUCCCUGAUGCCCCAAAGUGUCAACACUGUGGGGCUUAUCGAUUCCAUUUGGAACCUCCCAAUUUUUGCUGUUCAGGUGGAGAGGUUUCUGUUGUUCAUCCUGUGAUGCCUUAUGCCCUCUUCCGCCUUUAUUCCGGUACAGAUGAGGAAUGUAUUCACUUCUGCAAGAAUGCACGUACCUAUAAUAACAAUCUUGCCUUUACCACUUUUGCUGCAAAAUAUGAUAGAAAAAUGACUAAAAAUUCUCAGGGAGUUUACACUUUCCGUGUCCAGGGUCAAAUUUAUCAUCUUCUGAAUAGUCUCACACCAAAUGGCCACCCUCCUACUGGUAUCCAGCUGUACUUUUAUGAUCAAGAGGAAGAAUUGUCACAGAGACUCAAUACUUCUCCAAGAUUACGGGAGAGUACUCUUAAGCUUCUGAUGGGUAUUCUUGAGCAGAAUCCUUAUACCAAAGUUUUUAAGUCUUUAAGAGAGCUUCCUAAUCUAGAUAACCAUAGCAUAUUUCUUAAUUCCAACCCGGGCCUUGACCAACAGUUAUAUAAUAUGCCAACAGCUUCAGAAGUCGCUGCAAUAUGGACAGAGCAUGAUAGUGAAACCUUAGAAAAGGGCACCAACAUACAGGUUUAUAGUCAUGCAAAUACAAGCCAUAGAAUCCAACACUAUUUUGCAUGCUACGACUCUUUGCAGUACCCACUAUUGUUUCCCAGAGGUGAAUCUGGUUGGCACUAUGGUAUUCCAAGAAACACUACUGCUAAUAAAAGAAAGAGGGAAGAAAUUGAUGAUCACAGCCUUGUUGCUUUACCUAAGAUAGGAAAUGCUGUUGAUUUUAUUCAAAAGGAAAAUGAAGUUGCUGAGGAGGGAAAGAAAAAACGGGAAACUGUUUCUGCUCGAGAGUAUUAUUGCUACAAAUUGCAGAUCAGAGAUGAUGACACCUCAAUGCUCUUGCACACAAGGAGACUAUUGCAGCAAUUCUCUGUGGAUAUUUAUACUAACGGCGGUAAAGUUGGCCGCCGUGUUUAUCUUCCAUCUUCCUUUAUUGGUGGUCCAAGGGACAUGAGACGGAGGUAUAUAGAUGCUAUGUCUUUGGUCCAGAGAUUUGGUAAGCCUGACAUAUUCAUUACUAUGACUUGCAAUAGGAUGUGGAAAGAAAUACAUGAUAACCUAAAGUAUGGAGAAGAGGCUCAAGAUAGACCUGAUUUAGUUUCAAGAAGAGGCCUUCCUCAUGCUCAUAUGUUGAUUAUUUUAAAGCCAGAAUAUAAGCCCCUCAAUCCUGAAGCUUAUGACAUGAUAGUUUCGGCCGAAAUACCAGAUCCUUCUAAGCAGCCACAUUUAUACUUUCUGGUUAUGAAUCACAUGAUGCAUGGUCCAUGUGGUUUAUUAAAAAAGGAUAAUGUUUGUAUGAAAGAUGGGGUGUGCAAGAACCAUUAUCCAAAGAGUUUUAGUGACUACACAACUUAUACAGAAGAUGGUUAUCCUCACUAUAAAAGAAGGAUGGAUUGUCGCUGUGUAAGAGUGAGGAAUCAUUUGUUGGAUAAUAGGUGGGUUGUUCCGUACAGUCCCUAUCUUCUGGCUUUGUUUGACUGCCAUUUGAAUGUAGAGAUAUGUUCCACUGUUAAGUUAGUUAAGUAUCUUUACAAAUAUGUUUAUAAAGGGCAUGAUCGUGUGAGCUUUUAUAUCCAUUCUGAAAAUACCGUUGAAGAUGUAGAUGAAAUUUUAGACUUUCAGUCUGGCCGCUGGGUGGCUGCUGCAGAGGCUUUUUGA